CAAAUGUUAUUUGAAUCUGACAGGGCUGUAAUCAGGAGACAAAAAAGUAUUGCGUAAAUUGCUCCACACCUCCCCAGGCUUUUGUCCCACUGGGCUGAUAGUUAGUAUCUGUUGCGUAACACUGUGCUUUUCUGCACGAACGCCACUUGAGGAACCUGCUGUGAUUUGAAAAGACAUUGUUGACACCACGUAGGAGGACAAGAUGGACUUUUCCUUGUAUUUUUCCAUCGAGACCUGGACACUAACAGCCAUUGUCAUCGCUCUAUUAGCACUGUAUGGAAUUGCUCCUUAUGGCUAUUUUAAAAAAAUUGGGAUCAAAGGUCCAAAACCAUUGCCCUUUAUUGGGACAUUUUUGGAGUACCGGCGGGGCAUCCAUAAUUUUGACAAAGAAUGUUUUGAAAAGUACGGAAAGGUUUGGGGGUUGUACGAUGGAAGACAGCCUGUCAUGGCGAUUAUGGACACGGCCAUGAUCAAAACCAUCUUGGUUAAGGAGUGCUAUUCUGUCUUUACCAACAGACGGGAUCUGGGCCUAAAUGGACCUUUAAGUGACGCCGUCUCUAUAGUAGAAGAUGAUCAUUGGAAGAGGAUCCGCAGCGUGCUCUCACCCUCAUUCACAAGUGGGCGACUAAAAGAGAUGUAUUCAAUAAUGCUGCAGCAUUCUAGUAAUCUGCUCAAGAGUCUUCAGAGGAAGGUAGAUGCUGAUGAGGUCAUUGAUGUCAAAGAUGUAUUUGGACCUUACAGUAUGGAUGUUGUGGCCAGCACUGCUUUCAGUGUGGACAUUGACUCUAUUAACCGUCCCGGUGAUCCAUUUGUGGCAAAUAUUAAAAAAAUGACCAAGUUUGACUUUAUGAAUCCUGUGCUUGUGCUGAUUGUUCUCUUUCCAUUUUUGCGUCCAAUGAUUGAGAAGAUGGAAUUUUCCUUCUUCCCCGCUGACGUGUUGACUUUCUUCUAUAACUUCCUCAAGACCAUCAAAUCAGAGCGAAACAAAAACGAUUCUGAAAACCGUGUUGAUUUCAUGCAGUUGAUGGUGGACUCUCAAAUUUCAGAAUCCAGCAAAGAAGAUAUGAACAAUCAGAAAGGUCUGACCGAUCAUGAAAUCCUCUCUCAGGCCUUGAUAUUCAUCUUUGCCGGCUAUGAAACGAGCAGCAGCUCAUUGUGCUUCCUAGCCUACAACCUUGCAACUCACCCUGACAUCCAGAAGGCUCUGCAAGAGGAGAUUGAUGAAACAUUUCCAGACAAGGUACGGCCGAGCUACGAUGACCUGAUGCAGAUGGAAUAUCUGGAUAUGGUGAUGAACGAGUCAUCGAGGCUUUACCCUAUUGCAAACCGACUGGAAAGGGUAGCAAAGAUGUCCGUGGAAGUCAAUGGUGUGACCAUUCCUAAGAAAACUGUUGUAAUGGUACCCAUUUAUGCUCUCCACCGUGAUCCGUCUUUGUGGCCUGAGCCGGAUUCUUUCAAACCUGAAAGGUUCAGCAAGGAGAACAAAGACAAUAUAGAUCCUUACACCUUCUUGCCUUUUGGAGCGGGGCCAAGGAACUGCAUUGGUAUGCGAUUUGCUCUCCUGAUGAUGAAAUUGGCUUUAGUGGAGAUAUUGCAGCACUACAGCUUUGUCAGCUGCAAGGAAACAGACAUUCCAAUGGUAUUGGCAAGAGACGGCUUUACGAGACCCAAGAAUCCCAUCAAACUGAAACUCAAGGCAAGAGCACCCACAGCAGAUUGAACUUCAACAGAAAACUGAUUUCAUGUAAUAUAUAUACAUUUUUUUAAGUAAUUGUUACUGUCCAUCUUUGCAAUGGGAGGUGAAUAAAUGUCUCUCUAUUGGGAUGAUGUCUGAUGCAUUUGGCUAUUCUUUAACACUGAAUUGAAUUAAAGUUUCAGCAAGCAAUGUGAUCCUUCUUGUAAUUCCACAUUUUUUUAUUUUCGAUUGUUACUCUGCCUAAAAUACCGAAGUACCUAAUCUACAUAAUUAAAGGUAUAUCAAAACAAUUACGCUAAGUAUGGAAGGGAUGCCUGUACAUGUCUUCCAAAUUUGUUAACACACUGUGCUUUGAUUUGCUUUGGAAAGAUAAUUUUGAUCAGGAAAUAAACAAUAAAUGCCCUGUGAUUGGCUGGCUACCAGUUCACGGUGUACCCUACCUCCUGCCUGUUGAUAACUGGGAUAGGCUCCAGCACUCCCUGCGACCCUGAUGAGGAUGAGCGGCAAAGAAAAUAGUUGGAUGGAUAAACAAUGAAAUGGGCAAAUAUCGUUUAUUUUCCAUAUUUCAAAAAAGUAGAAAGAAGUUGACUUUGACUCCACCCAGGCAAAAAUAAGUAUUGGUGAUAUGAAUAGUAGAUAAUAUCUGAUAUGAAUAUUAAUGAGAUACUGUAAAUGCCCUCUGUUUUUACUGUAAUGAUAUGUGAGUACUGUGGCUGUGCAAUUUUUUUUAUGCCAAAUGCCACCAUAAAAAUAUACGACUAUCAUGACUAACGUUAAAACACAAUUAGCAACGUUGGCUCAGGUGUUCUUCAAAAAACGAGGGAGAAGGGAAAAAAAUGAUUUCAAGUAUUAUAUAUUACAUAUAUGUGUUGUGUAUAUGUAGUCGUGUAUAUCCUGUAGCUACUAUUUUAUGGAAUCCUUUUCGAUUCGUUUUGCCUGAGACAUUCGAAGAGGUGUUUUUUUAAAAGACAUGUUUCUAUAAUCUGAUGACAUAUGAAUAGGCAAAACCAAAUAAAAAUGUUGAAUAAAUCCUUGAUAUUAUUGAGUUGACGAGAUUGAGCAGGUGUGUCGAAGAAUUUGCUUUAUUCUUGUAAUAAUCUCUU